UCUGUCUGCUGUAUAAAUGAUCAUGAACGAUUGACAUUUUACCCACCAAAAAAUGAUCUUCAUCAAUCUCAGUUAACGUGUUCCACUGAUCUGCGAAGUCUGCGUUCUCUGUAAUCUAGACAGAGAUAGAAGGUGACUUUGCUGUCAACACCGAUCUGGGGGAAUUUCCUAAACCAUAAUGCUGUUGAAUUUGAAACCCUUCAAUUCAUUCGCCAUAACAAUGAUGAUAGGUUUGUCACUCCUAAUCCUCUUUUGUUAUAUUUUCCUCGAUUUUCCCUCCGCCACCACUUCUACAAUCCCAAUUUCAAGAAGCCAAAGUCUAAGUCAACUUCAAUUACAUCCCCGAUCUGAUCCAGACCCGUUUCAACACUUGUUGGGUGCUUUCAGAAGAUGGGAUUCUCAAGUGGGUUGUUUUAAUUUUAGAGAAAAACAUGUGAGUUUGGUGGAAAAAGGGUCAAAUUCGUCAUCUUUGCAAGUGGGUAAUGGUCGUGAAUAUCAAUGUAGCGAUUUGAAGAUGAAUCAUGUGGGUAUUUUAAUAAAAGGAUGGACUUGGAUUCCUGAUAAUUUGGAUAACUUGUAUACAUGUGGAUGCGGGUUGACAUGUUUGUGGACGAAAUCUUCCGUUCUUCUCGAUAAACCGGAUGCCCUGUUCUUUGAGACCACCACUCCUCCAUCUCGGAGACGCAGUGGAGAACCACUCCGCGUUUACAUGGAUCUUGAGGCUGGCCGAAAAAGAUCUGGUUUUGAAGACAUUUUCAUCAGUUAUCAUGCCAAAGACGAUGUUCAGUCAACUUAUGCUGGUGGUCUCUAUCAUAACAAUCGUAAUUAUUAUCUCUCUCCCUUCAAGAACAAUGAUACUCUUGUUUACUGGUCUUCCUCACGUUGUCUUCCUCAAAGAAAUCAGCUUGCUAAGAGCAUACUCGGCUUGCUGUCGCAUCAUUCUUUUGGUAAAUGCUUGAACAAUGUAGGUGGCCUCGAUAUGGCACUCUCUCUCUAUCCUCAGUGUGCAAAAGAUCCAAAUGCAUCUCCACAUUGGUGGGAUCAUCUACACUGUGCCAUGUCUCACUACAAGUUUGUUCUUGCAAUUGAAAACACGUAUACCGACAGCUACAUAACUGAGAAGCUGUUUUAUGCCUUGGAUUCUGGGGCUGUUCCUAUAUAUUUUGGAGCACCAAAUGUGAGAGACUUUGUACCUCCGCAUUCUAUCAUUGAUGGUGCCAAAUUUAAGUCGAUGGAGGAACUGGCCACCUAUGUUAAAGCACUUGCUGAUGAUCCAAUAGCUUAUGCAGAGUAUCAUGCUUGGAGAAGGUGUGGUCUACUGGGCAACUAUGGGAAUACACGUGCAGCCAGCCUAGACACACUGCCGUGUCGCCUCUGUGAGGCCGUUAGCCGAAGAGGAGGCAGAGAUGCUCAAGCCUUUUGACAGAUUCUUUCUGACGUUUUGACAGAAUUUGAGGUAUUCUUAAAUUAUCAAAACUAUCAAAAUACUUUUCUCCUAAAUAACCCAUUCGUCCUUCGCCCUGGGUGGGUAACAUAUUUCAUAUAUGACCUGGUUUUGGUUCAAAGAUUUGGUUUAGGAAGAAAAUAGUAGGGAUCUUGGGUUUGAGAUAGUCAGUUGCUUGGCUGUUCACUUCAUGAGAUUAAUCGAGGUGCGUGCAAGCUAGCAUGGAUACCCAAUAUCAUUUUAGUGGAAUUAUAUGGAGAUGACAUAGUGUGUUUGAAUGUAUCAUAAAUCUUGGUUUGCAGAUUUAUGUACAUGAGUUAUGUUGACAAAUUGUGCAUCCAAACAAUGGAUUUGGUAAUUAGAACUCUAGUUUUGAUUCAAUUUGCUAUGUACAAACUUAUGCUUAUAUUGGGUUUUAUGAUUGUGUUGUAGAUUAAUACAAGUUUAUGCUUAAUAUUGGGAUUUUAUAUGA